UGGCAAAGCGUUUAAGCUGGUGGGGGAGGAGGGGGUGCGUGGCUUACCCUCAGACGCCAAGAGGGACCGGCUGUCCCGGCUGUAGGUUUCCCCAGCACCUUACUGCCUCCGCUGUCAUUGGACACCUGCCCUUCUCGAAGUAGCGUCGCAGUGAGCAGCAAGGUCGGUCGCCUAGAACAGCACAGUCAGAGCAGAGGACGAGGGCAUAUCUGGUCGGUAUUGAUCCCUUGCCAUAAUACACGGCCGUCGGAUCUAUCGUGACAUUUGCAUGGGGCAACUGGCUCCAGAGGAGGAUACAUUUUAACAGUAGUGGUUGUAGUAGUAAGGCGCUGCAGCCGUCGCUGGGACAACCUGCUGGCUUUGUUGUUGUUACUGAGGAGGGGGGCUCUAAGCGACGGAUUUAAUCAUUAAACCGGGUUACCCCGACUUCUGUGCUACUUGCAUGGAUACAUCAUGGCCUCGCUUGUUUGCAGGGUUCAGUUUUUAGAUGACACCGAUCCAUUUAACAGUACAAAUUUCCCAGAGCCAACAAGACCACCGCAGUACACUUUUAGAGAAGACAUCCCCCUCAUCAACCAAAUUGCCGGUGUCCAUCGACUCCUAAAAGCCCCACACAAGCUCGAUGACUGUGCCCUGCAGUUGUCCCACAAUGGCACUUAUCUGGACCUGGAGUCCUCUUUGGCGGAGCAGAGGGAUGAACUGGAGGGCUUUCAGGAGGAGUCCACAGGGAGAGGCAAGAAGCACAGCGUGAUCCUGCGCACACAGCUCACCGUCCGUGUUCACGCCUGCAUCGAAAAGCUGUACAACUCCAAUGGCCGUGACUUGAGAAGGGCACUGUUUUCCCUCAAACAGAUUUUUCAGGAUGACAAGGACCUGGUGCAUGAGUUUGUGAUGGCUGAGGGUCUGACCUGCCUGAUUAAGGUGGGGGCGGAGGCCGACCAGAACUACCAGAACUACAUCCUCAGAGCUCUGGGUCAGAUCAUGCUGUACGUGGACGGGAUGAACGGGGUGAUAGGUCACAACGAGACGGUCCAGUGGCUCUACACACUGAUCGGUUCCAAGUUUCGUCUGGUGGUGAAGACAGCUCUCAAGCUACUGCUGGUGUUUGUGGAGUAUGCCGAGACCAACGCCGCUAUACUCAUCGAGGCCAUCACCACUGUGGACAUCAAGAGAGGGCGCAGGCAUUGGUCAAACGCUAUGGAGAUCUUAGAAGAGAAGGAUGGAGUAGACACUGAACUUUUGGUGUAUGCCAUGACCCUCAUCAACAAGACCCUGGCUGCGUUGCCGGAUCAGGACUCGUUCUACGACAUGGUGGACGUGCUGGAGGAGCAGGGAAUGGAUACGAUGUCCCGCAGACACCUGGGCAGGAAGGGCACCGACCUGGAUCUGGUGGAGCAGCUCAACAUCUACGAGGCGACCCUGCGUCACGAGGACGGUGACGACGACACAGAGCCCCCGCCAUCGGGCUGCAGGGACCGGCGACGGACCAGCGUGGGCGGAGGCAACGACAAGUGCAGCCUGGAGAGACGCCGCAGCAGGAGGCACUCAUUGGGCCGCUCGGGGCCCGCCUCUCCACUAAGCCCCGCCUCCCCACACCGCACAGGAUUCCAGCCCUUCAACGGGCAGAAGUCAGAGGACAUGAGCGAGAGAACUCCUCGGGUGUGUGAGUGUGUGCGCCUUCAGUCGAUUGGAUCUGCUGCCAAACAAACGCCCCCAACACAACCAGCAUCAGCAAACAAGCCCGUCGCACCCGCCGUCACAACCACGACUCCGGGAGAAAGCGAAGAGGUGAAGGAGGGAGAGAAGAAGAGGACGAGUGAAGAGUCUUCUCCUCCGUGUGGGGUCUCCCCCGACCUGCCCCAGCCCUCCCUCCUGGCGUCGCUCCUCGCCCGCCGCAAGUCGUCCAUAAGCAUCCCGUCGGCCUCGGAGGUCUCCUCUCGCCCCCUGGAGCGCCUCCCCUACCUGCCCCACUCGCCCUUCCACCUCUUCUCCUACGACCUCCCGGAGGAGAAGGAGGAGGAGGAGGAGACAACACCAAUCAAAGUCAAGGGGGACAGGAAUGGGAAGUCGUCCUUUAUCAAUCCUCCUUCUUCAGCUGCAAAGGGUGACAGGGCUCCUCUGGGGGGUCUGCUGUCCUCCUCCUACAGGCAGCACCAGGAGUCUCUGGCAGCUCAGCGCGACAGGAGACGCCUGGAGAGAGAGGAGCGGCUGCAGAAGAUUGAGAGGGAGGAGAGGAACCGCCACAGUCGGGGCUAUGUGGACAAAAUGGAGGAGGCCAGACAUGCCCGCGACGAGAGGUAUAAGACGGUGGAGCGUCUGGCAGCAGAGGAGUACGAGCGAGAGCGUGUGCGCUCAGGUCCACGUGGGCUCAGCCUGACACUAAGUCCCGACGACUCCUGUCAAUCAUCCCGCAGCGCCACGCCAACCUCCAUCGCAUCCGAGGACAUCCAGGACAUCCAGGACACGCCCGUCACUUCCUACCCUCCCUCUGAAUCAGAAACAGGAGCUGAAUUAGAACCAGACCUUAACACGAGUCCAGAACCUGAAGCGAAGGGAACCGAAUCUCCUGAGGAGGAUCAGGCCGUGGAUCAGGAGGUAGAAGAAGCGGCAGAACAGAAAGAGGAAGAGGAAGUAAUCGAACACACUGCAGAGAAGGAAGAAGCUGAGGCAGAGGAACCAGCUCCAGAACAGGAAGAGGAGGAGCCUGCAGAGGAGGAGGAGGAGGAGGAGGAGGAGCCUCAGAGGGAAGCGGCAGAUGGAGAGGCGGUGGAGGAUAGCGGUAUCCUGAGCGACAAAGAGCGCCAGAAUGAGGAAGUGAACGAGAAGGACAACUGUUCGGCCUCCAGCAUCUCCUCCGCCAGCAGCACCCUAGAGAGAGAGGAGCGACUGGCUGGGAAUAACAAUGAGACUGGUCCAUGGGCCCAGAGUGUCAAAGAUGCAGAUGUGAACGAACAGUGCAGCACGAUCCUCAACAGCAAGCUCUUCAUGCUGGACAUGCUAUACGCCCAGACCAAGAAGCCCGCCGAGGAAGACGAGGAGGAGGAAGAGGAGGAGGAGAAGAAAGAGCAGGGCCAGGAUGAGAAAGAGACCGAGGAGGACUCGGCGGCGGCCACCAUAGAAGGAGCGGUCGAGCAAACCGACAACGAAAGCGGCGAGCAAAAGUCUGAUGGUGACAAGCGUUCUUCGAACGUCCGCGCCUUUGCCGAGAAGUUCGGCGACCUGGUCAAAGGGUUGACGUCGCCCCACGCUGAGUCGCCAGAGACGCCCGAAAAGCAGCCUACGCCACCCCCGCAGCCCCCCAAGAAGGAGUCGGACUACAUCUGGGACCAGCUGCUGGCUAGCCCUCGGGAGCUGCGCAUCGGUGACAUCGACUUCACCGACCUGGGUGAGGAGGACGACCAGGACCUCCUGGACGACGGGCCCCUCAUGAGCACGGGCCACCUGCUACCUCCGCCGCCACCCCCCUGCCCCUUCAACCUGCCCCCUCCCCCGCCACUGUUCGGUUGCCCCCCUCCACCCCCCAUGCCGGGCCACAUGAGGGUGCCCCCCCCACCGCCUUGCUUCUCUGCCCCAGCACCCCCACCUCAGCCCCAAGUGGGGUCCCUCCAGCAAGAGCAAGGGGACCAGCCCCUCUUCCAGAAGAAGAAGAAGACCAUCCGGCUGUUCUGGAGCGAGGUGCGGCCCGACUGGCAGUACCGAGGUCACCGGCGCCUGCAGGGCUCGCUCUGGGCCAAGCUGGAUCCGGUGAAGGUGGACACGGCCAAACUCGAGCACCUCUUCGAGAGCAAGUCCAAGGAGAUUACCGUAACCAAGAAAGCUGCUGCAGACGGCAAGCGGCAGGAGGUCAUCGUGCUGGACUCCAAGAGGAGCAAUGCCAUCAACAUCGGCCUGACCGUGCUCCCUCCCCCACGCACCAUCAAAACGGCCAUCCUCAACUUCGACGAGUACGCCUUAAACAAGGAGGGCAUUGAGAAAAUCCUGACCAUGAUCCCCACGGAGGAGGAGAAGCAGAAGAUCCAGGAGGCCCAGCUGGCCAACCCUGACAUCCCGCUGGGCAGCGCAGAGCAGUUCCUGCUCACGCUCUCCUCCAUCAGUGAGCUCUCUGCACGCCUCCAGCUCUGGGCCUUCAAGAUGGACUAUGAGGUCACAGAGAAGGAAGUGGCCGAGCCCCUGCAGGAUCUGAAGGAGGGGAUGGAGCAGCUGGAGAAGAACAAGACGCUCCGCUACAUCCUGUCCACGCUGCUCGCCAUCGGCAACUUCCUCAACGGCUCCAGCGCUAAGGGCUUUGACCUGAGCUACCUGGAGAAGGUUCCAGAAGUGAAGGACACAGUGCACAAGCAGUCUCUGCUGCAUCACGCCUGCGCCGUUGUGGUGGAGAACUUUCCCGAGGGCACAGACCUCUACUCGGAGAUUGGCGCCAUCACUCGUUCAGCCAAGAUUGACUUUGACCAGCUGCAUGAGAACCUCACGUUGAUGGAGCGACGCUGCAAAGCAUCGUGGGACCACCUCAAGGUCGUCGCCAAACAUGAAAUGAAGCCGGCUUUGAAGCAGAAGAUGUCCGACUUCGUGAAAGACUGCGCAGAGAGGAUUAUCAUCCUGAAGAUUGUACACCGUCGAAUCAUGAACAGGUUCCACGCAUUCCUGCUGUUCCUGGGCCACCCGUCGUAUGGCGUACGUGACAUCAGCGUGCACCGGUUCAGCAAGAUCGUCAGCGAGUUUGCGCUGGAGUACCGCACCACCCGCGACCGCGUGCUCCAGCAGCGGCAGAAGAGGGCCGACCACCGCGAGCGCAACAAGACACGCGGCAAGAUGAUCAUAGACGUCAACGCCCCCAGCGAUGACGAACUGGACGUUGAGUCUGGCCGGUUAGGGGGAGGUGGCGGAGGUGGUGGCAGUAGUGGUGGCGGUGGUGGCAGCGGUGGGCCCAGCGGGGCUCAGGAGAGCCAGCAGCCUCAGGGCCUGGGUCACGCAGCGGACGCCGCCGAGCACGAGAGCAUGAAGGCUGUGCUGAAGAGCACCCUGCAGGGCGGCGACAAAGAGCCCUCCAUGGUGCCCGGCCAGCGCAUUCGAACACGGACCAGGCCCAGCAGAGGUCGCACAGCCUGGUCCUCGGCAGCCAAUGAGGACGCGGUGUCCUCGACAGCCAAUGACGACGCAGAGGACGCGGACGAGAUCAUGGAGCGCAUUGUGAGGUCGGCUACGCAGGGGCCUAGUAAAAGGGCCGAGCCACGGGAGAGGAGGCGGUCCCGCGCCAACCGCAAGUCACUGAGGAGGACCCUGAAGAACGGGCUGACGCCGGAGGAAGCACAAGCUCUGGGAUUGGCUGACAACCCAGAGAUGCCAGUGUGAAAAAAUCAGAAUGUACAUCUGAAACUUUGCGGACACACACCCCUUACCGACCUUCUGGAGCGCACACAACCUCUCCACGAUACCCCACACCCCACCAACCCCAUCACACUCCGGGCCUUCCCUUUACCACCGCCCACAACAUUCAUCAGCCAAUCACAAGCCCUUCAACAACCCUUCCUCCCUGCAGCUGAUGCCGCCAUCGCUACUGUAUGUGUCCAUGUAACUUCCCGUGGCGUUGUAGUCAUAUGUGUGUGUUUACCUCCCUUGUUAGGUGUCGCAGAAACAUGGGCAGAAUGCAUUUUUUAAAUUAAACAAACUGUGGGUUGUUUCCGAGAGAGGGACAUCGAUGAGAAGAAGAAGAAUCUUGUUUGGAAGAAACAAUUAUGACCUGGAGUGAAAAAGUGAAGCAUUUGUUACGAUUGUGACUUGGGGUUUGAUCCGAUCAUCUCGCAAUGUUUAUUGUUGUGGCUAUUUUUUUAUCUUUAGGGAACUUAUUCAAGAACGGUACGCCUAUUGCCUAGCGGAUACAGCAAAAGAGCAAGAGACAACAACCACAGACUCUUAAUUUCAAAUAUGUUCAUCUGAAAAUAAUUGUAACAACCCAAGUAAAACAAUGAAUAGCUCUUUCCCUUCACACUACUUUCAGUUUGGCUUUGCAAUUACACAAACUCAUGUACUGUCCUGAUAUGAAAUAUACUUGGGAAUACAGGUCUGUAAUCAUGCAGAAAUAAGGCAUUUACACUCACACACACACCUACAUAAAGAAGGCCUUCUACUGAAUACCAAACUGUGUGAUGUAGGAUGAGCAGUGGUAUCCUUUCCUUAUCCUAUCCUUGUAGAGUUGUUACACAUGGGUGUAGAUUCAGGAUUUUGAGGGUUACCCUUCUGUAUUAGGGUGUGUUUGCUCAGUGAUAAGGGAUGCCCAUCUUGUUCUAGAAGUCGCCAUUAGCUUAGCUUUCUUGUCUCUCAGAGGCCUUCUCAGUCCACACCUUUGAUGUUUGAAAUUCACCUCUUGUCACCAUUGACUGCGUUGCUCAUCUCAUCAUUACACUAUUUGCCAAUCUGCAUGUCUCCACCUUCUGUGCUUGCUUUAACUCUGAGCACAUUGCCAGCUCUUCUGCCACCUCUCCCCUGCCCUUGGGAGAUCUUUAUAUUAACUUGGCACGGAGUUGUUUGCUGAGACACAUAUUGGACAGUGAUGAACGCUGCAAAAGAGACGUCAAUUGCUUUUAGAGACUUGAUUUUAGAAGUUGUUACUGACACACUGUCCACUUGAAGUUAGAGGAAGACAGGGGUAAUUUAAAGGGAAGGUUUUUUUUUAUUAUUUUACAGGUAAUUUUCCAGAAUGACAAAGUAUCUUCAACCCAAUGACGUCUUUUGUUAUUGUGUCCGCUCAUCAUGAGUGUCGAAGGUUUUAGUUUGGUAUGUGCCUUCCUGCAACAUGAGGCUGUAGAUCUUGAGAAGGUAGUUUCCCGAUUCAUUUACAGCACAUAUGAUCAAGACUACAGAUCACCAUCAGAGCUCAAGUCAGUUGGAUUAGUGUACAACAAUGUUUUUCCAUAGAUCAUCUUUUGGAAAAUAUUGAUUAGGAUACAGAAAGUCUGCAAGAAGCUGAUUGUUUUGUUGUUGUUAUUAUUGUUUUUGUGUCAUUUCCAGGUACUAUAUUACGAUUUCAUUAUUUAUUGAGGAGAUUCACAGUAAUAUUUGAGAAGAACAUUGGGAUUUUGAUAAACAAUGCUGUUCGAGAACCGUAGAUCAGUUUAUGACGCGGUAGUCUGGCACCGUAAUCCUAAACUCUUGCGUGUGACAUUCAUGGAACCAUUGUCAUAAUUAUUGAAAGUGAGAGAGGAUCUCAUUCAGACUCCUUUCUAGUCAAUCUUAUACUGGAAAUUGUAAAAAGGACAAAUGUGUACAAAAAUUAUAAACAUUUAAAAGAAGGAUAUUGUAAAAAAAAAAAAAUACUAAAAAAAAAAGUAUGUAAAUGCCCUGCUUUGUUGUCAAGUUUGUUUGUUAUGUAAUGUUAUUUUUUGUAAUUUCUGUAGAAUAGUGUAUUAUAGACAAAGAGCAGUGUUAUUCUAUUAACUGUAAUUUAAGAGAAAAGAAGAAGCCAUGCAUGGUCACAAAUAUUAAAAUACAUACUAACUCCUUUUUUGGAAACGGCUUUCAACCACAAUUUUGUUUGGUUUUGUUUUAAACUAUCCAUAACUUUCUGCUUUUUUCAGAUUCUUGUCAGCUCAUAACUCCAUAUAAAAAUGAAUGAAAUGCUGUCACAUUGUGGAAUUAGAUGCCUACACUGUUUUGAAGCUCCUGUCUUUGAAUUUACUUGUCCACUGGAAACAGUAGACUACAUAUACACAACCUGCAAUAAAGCCUUGUAUGAUCAGAA